AUGAGCGCCGCCGCUGGCUGCAGGCAGAGUCGCUGCCGCCCCGGCCGCCGCUGGCUCCAGUCCGCCGCCAUUAUUCUUUGUUCGCUGCGAGCGGCGGCGAUGGUGUGGGGCUCGGGCGGAGGCUCCAUCUUUACCGCGGCCCCUCCUGCGAGGGGAAGGCCCCGAGCGCGGGUGUCCGGCGCCUCCCCGUCCCCCCUCCCUCCUCCGUCACUGCUUUCGUUCGCGGCCCGGAUCUCGCUGGAGUUUUAUUCUCUCCCCCACGUAACACACCGCGUCAAACUACACCUCCGCCGCGUCACUCACCAACACUCCGCUUCUCCCAGCCGCCCGGGCCACAGGCAGCAGCAGCCGCCGCCGACUGAGGACUCGCAGCCAGGGAGCCAGCCAGCGCCGCCCAGUGCCGAGUGCGCAGCGGCCGCGCACGGAAACAGCCGAGCUCGGCCCGGUGGAGCUCGAGCGGCCCCGCCCUCCGCUCUGGAGGCGGAACUUGCCGAAGACCUUCGGGUUCCCUCGGGCGCGGCGGAGGGGUUCCGCGGGAUGAGGGAAGGAGAAGCCUGGAUCAUGGUGGGUCCACUAAAGCAUUGCCUUCUUGUGGGGCCUGGUUUCAACAUGGCCACACUCUCUGCCAUCUCUGUCUCAGUUCCAUAUAACCUGAAAGAGAUGAAGACUUCUUUGAAGCUUUAUGAUCUUCCCAUGUCCUAGAGUCAGAACUGGAGAAUGGAUCAGCAAAAUUCUGGUUGCUUUUAAUUUCUAUUUUGAAGACAAAAUGGUAAGCUACUAGUAUUGCUGCAUUCUUGUCUUAUUUGUGACUAAAAGCAAUGCCAUGUAAACAAAGUCAAAUGGCCUCUUAUCCUCCUAGAAAUUACAAAAAGCCAGUGGUUGGCAUAUAAAACCAGGAGCAGCAACAAGUGAAGAUUUAUUGAGUCUUUACUUUGUGCAAGGCACUGUUCUAUACACUUUCCAUUUUAUUUAUUUGUUUGUUUAUGCUUUUUAGGGCUGUAUCCAUGGCACAUGGAGAUUCCCAGGCUAGGUGUCUAAUCUGAGCUGCAGCUGCUGGCCUAUACCA